AAUCUGUCUAUGAUAUCCAAAGUCAAUGAUGUAAUUUAUGGAGUUUGGAGUAAGAUUGGAUAGUUUUUAACAGCCAUGAGAUCCUCUAUAAGAAUUUCAUGCUUAUACCGUUCCGUACUACAAUAUAUCCGUGUGCCAUGAUCACUUAAUUUUUUUUGAAUUAGUCAAUUUGUCGAAAUAGACUCAGGAUAAAACUACAAGAGCGUAUUCAGUCUGGUUCUAAGAUAAAUGCAUGCGGGUUCGCUUUCGUUCCUGAGGUACGUAGGAGGACAUAAAUGGUAACCAGUAGAAACGUAUACACAAUUUUUAGCAGGCUCGGCAGAUAAAAUCCACAAGGACUUGAAAAAAAUUAUUAGAUUCGUUACAGAAAAAAAAAAUAUGUCGCGGGCAACAGCAAGCAUAACUAUCGAGAGGUAAAGUAAUUCCUAUAUUUAUAAUAGUGAUUGAAGAAGGGUUAGGAAAGAAAGGGAUUCUGAAACAAGGGUAUACUGACACAGUACUACGCUAGUGAAAUGGGAAGAAUAUACAGCCGUGCGGGAGCGAUAAAGAGAGUAAAGGUGUGGAUUGUCAAUCGAGAAGGAAAGAGAGAGAGAGAGACAAGUAAAACAAGAGGAAGCGAAUAAGGGAUACGUAACAGGGUAGCGGCGAUCAUCGGAUACAGUGGGGUAUGACCGUGGGGGCUGCUCGGGGUGGCGGUUACGGGUUGGGGUAGUUCUGUGGGUUAGGUGGGGGUGAAUAGGACGUCUGGUGGGGGGAGAGAGAGUCGUUGUCCUCGGAUCGCGUCGGAUCCUCGCUCGGCAGCUUACGACUUGCUGGCAGCUUCAGUACGACGCGGAACGCGUUCUUGUUCGGAUCCUUGUUCGUGAUCUCACGGUUUACCAAGUGCCGUGACUUGGUAGCACGUUGGUGUCGGUGCCACGUGACGUUUUUCUGAAACGAUAUAUAUACUGAUACGAGAUACUGUUUACUAUCAGGUCGUGGUCAAUUAUGUCAGAAUUGUGCUAAACGGGAUUCCAUUGAUGCAGGAGGAACGUGUUGCUUGUGUUGUACUUAUCCGCGGUCUGUCUUACCUGCCAGAAGAGAAUAUGACACUUUUGAAUUACCAGUAUACAGAGGGCGCAGACGCGAAGAUCGGUAGGUGCAGUGAAAUAGGAAAUUCGAAUGAUUUCGGCAUACCUGAAGGAAGAUAUAAGAGGAAAUAAAUAGUGCCAUCUAGAAGAAAGCGACAACGUUCACGCGUGGAUUCCUUUAGCGUGAGCGUCAAGUGAGAUAGGUGAAAGAGGAGAUAAGUAACAAGCCACGAAAUUAAAGCCAAAAACGUAAAGUGUCAAGGAAGCAGUAGUGAUGCGCUUGGCUAGUGUCGGAAGUGUGGUGUUUGGCUUGCGGGACGGCAGAUAGCGUUAGUGGUGCGUGCGCGAGGGCCCUAUUGCUUUACGGGCCCCACGCUUAAGAGCAGGAACGUCACAAUGUCAAAGGGUAAAGUGGUGACAGGCCAAAGCUAUGGGGCCCACACGAUACACUUAAUCUACCUAGGGCUCUUCGUGUAUUUCUUGCUUCUCGUCGAUGCUUCGCCCUUACAUCGUCAUCCGUUAACGCCGCACAGAGGGAUCACGCGCGGUUCCUACAUCAGGCAUUAUGGAGCCGCUUGGUACGACACGGCGCUACUGCGGGAACAUCGGAACCGAGUGCGCCGAGGCGCUACGGACUCUGUCAAGGACCAACCGCUUGUUCUGCGUCUACGUGCUCUCGACAGAAUGUGGACGAUGCGACUGGUUCGGGAUGGAAAUCUCUUCGCAAAGGACGCAGUCUUCGAGGGUACCGAUGGACCUAUUAUCUUUGACACGACUCAUUCCUACGUUGGCACGAUUGUCGGGGACGAAAUGGCCGUGGUCCAGGGUGUCGUUACCGAGGAUGGCCUAUUCGACGGGACUGUGGUGACUGGACUGGAGGAAUAUUACAUCGAGCCUACCAGCAGGUAUCUCAUGGGGGAUGAAGACACUUCACCCCCGUAUCAUACCAUAGUUUACACGGCGUCUGACGUCACUUCACCGCCACAACCCCUCCGAUGCGCCAGUCACGAUUUACAUCAAAGCACCCUUAACCACGGGUCCGAUAGAUCCUCGUUCUACGUCAACGACAGCUCACAACCCUUAUACGAGCACCUGAUAGAUAACGAAGUUCAUAUGCACGGCGGCCUGUACUCGAAGAAAAUAAACGUAAAUGUCACGACUACAGCAAAACCUGAUAAGAACUUUGAUCUGGAGUACCUAGACAGAAUUUAUCGUGAACGUUUCGCAAGGCAUCUUCACAAACGGGCGACCGUCGAUCCACGUAAGACUACAUGUAUGCUGUACCUGCAGGCUGAUCAUCAAUUCUUCGCGCGUUACGGCACGGAGGAGGCGUGUAUAGAAGUUAUGACGAGACACGUGCAGCGAGUCAAUUCCAUUUACAAGCACACAGAUUUCAACCAAGAUGGCCGACCUGACAAUAUAAGCUUCAUGAUAAAACGAGUGAAGGUCCACAGCGGUGACGCCAUAAGGGAUCCGAAUUAUCGUUUUCCGGGUAAUUACGGCGUGGAGAAGUUCCUCGAACUCUUUUCAGAAGAGGAUUACGAUGCAUUCUGCCUGGCUUACAUGUUCACCUAUCGUGAUUUCGAGAUGGGUACCUUGGGCCUCGCUUGGACGGGAGAUCUCAAGAAUGCCGGGGGUGUCUGCGAGAAGAAUGGGCAUUACCGUGGCAGCAUGAAGUCCCUGAAUACGGGGAUAGUGACUUUGCUCAACUACGGGAAGCACGUUCCGCCAGCAGUCUCUCAUGUCACUCUGGCACAUGAAAUCGGACACAACUUCGGUUCGCCGCAUGAUCCCGAGCAAUGCACCCCUGGUGGAGAAGACGGCAACUUCAUAAUGUUCGCUCGCGCCACCAGCGGUGACAAACGGAACAAUAAUCGCUUCAGUCCUUGCAGUCUGAAUGCCAUUAAUCCAGUACUGAAUACCAAGGCUCGAUCGCCUAAAGGAUGUUUUACAGAACCUCAAGCUUCGCUCUGCGGAAACGGUGUCGUUGAGGAAGGCGAGGAAUGCGACUGUGGCUGGGAAGAAGAUUGCAGGGAUUCGUGUUGCUUUCCUCAACGUCGUUAUCCGCCCGCUGAAGAAGUUCCUUGCACACUUACUCCUGGUUCUGUAUGCAGUCCAAGUCAGGGUCCGUGCUGCGCUGCCGAGUGCAAGCUGAGGUUUGGCGACAAGUGCAGGGACGACAACGGUUGCAGGGAUGCAAGUUUCUGCGACGGCAGGGCGCCGCACUGCCCGCCGUCUAUUAACAAACCUAACAAAACAAUCUGCAAUCAGGAAUUGGUUUGCUUUAUGGGGGAAUGUACUGGCAGUAUUUGCUUGGCUUAUGGUCUCGAAUCCUGUCAGUGCAUCCCAGGACCAAACGACCCCACGACAAAGGCCUGCGAGCUGUGUUGUCGACUUCCUGGUGAAAAUCAACCGUGUCUAUCCUCAUUCGAAUGGAACUCACCACCCUACGAUAUUCCGGACAUGUUCUCCAAACCUGGAACACCCUGUAACGACUAUAACGGGUACUGCGAUGUCUUUCAAAAGUGCCGAGAGGUCGAUCCUAGUGGACCAUUAGCCACCCUUAGGAAGCUGUUACUGUCCGACGAGAGUCUGGCUUCUUUCCGACGGUGGAUGGCUGAACAUUGGUACGCCGUUGCACUGAUAGUACUCGGUGCAAUAUCUCUGCUGGUGGCCAGCACCCGGUUUCUGGGGAAACGACCAGAUCUGAAGUUGAAAUCGGUCACGAUAAUCCACAGCUCGACAACGGAGACAGUUCGACUUCCGCCGGAAGGAGCGGAAGGGGUGACAGUUCACCCUCCAGCUGUCCGAGCGAAACUACCCUUGAGCAGGAAGGUGAGGGAGAAGAGACGACGCCGAAAGCAUAAAGAUGCCGGUGUUAACGUGAAUCCUGCCGGCGACAAACCUGCCAAGGUAAUCCAUCAUGUCGGGAAAAAGAAGAAGAGGGUUGCGCCGGUGCCAUCGUCAGCGGAGGAGCCCGCCCGGAAGAGGGUAGCAGAGGCAUUGUCGUUGCAGGAUAAGCAAAAAAAGGUUGCGAAGGACAAGCAGACGUCGGAGAACGUCGGUAGCAACAACAAGAAGAAACGGAAGAAGAAAGAAGUGAUUGAUUACUCAGCGGCGCAAGCAGAGAACGAAGUCGCGGCUGGCGCCGUAGGUGCUGGUGUCGGUGUAGUUGCUACAGCAGACAAUGCCGAUCCGAAGAGCAAGGUGCGAUCGUGGUUGCUCGCAUCUCAAAGCAGAGUAGAAGCGGUAACCUCAGGAGUGCCCAAGAGCAAAUCGACACCCGUGGGUCUUACGUCGUCGAAUACACCAGGUCGAACAGCUGGUGGUAGGGUAAGACAAGUCACUCUCAGAAGACCAACGGAUCCCAAAGCAAGGAGUAUGGGCUCACUGACAAGGAGCAACGAGACCAAGAAUGAUCGGGUUAGACUUCAGGUUGUGUAUAAACCACCCUUCAAGUUCAGUGUAAAACUUAGGAAAGCCGAUAAGGUCGGUCAGGCAACAGCCGGUACCCAUGGACCCACAAGGACCUCAGGACCAAGGACGGGUGUUCUAGUGAGGAGCAGCAAGAAGGACAGGGUACGCAUUAAUCAUGCGAAGCAGAGUAAUCCCACGAGGGGUAGCAACGUUACUAUACCCGAUCCAGCGAAUUCGGAUCUUCACACGGUACCCUCGGACCUGGAGGUACUCCUCUCCGAGAGUGAGUUCCUCUUCUCGGACGCGUGACCACGGCGAACGCGUUCCCUCCUGGCAAUCCUUGCACGCUGACUAAUGGAGGAACGUUUCGUGUUACGAGAUGCCUUCGACCUUUUGUUACUCAUUGCGAUUGUCCUGCGAUUUUGUAAAUAUUUCUAGUUUUUAGGACAUUUGCGUACUGAUUUUAAUUUCUGAGGUGACGCCAUCUCUGUGUCUGGUCCCUUUACUCUGUUCUCAAGGGUCGCCAAUGCUUUUGUAUUUGAGGUGUUCCUUUCUUGUCAAUUUCUGGGGAUUGAUUAUGGGACUUGUGCGUUUUUACUGUGUACAUAAGUAUUAAAGUAUUCUUGGGGUGUAGAUAGGAGGAUUGAAUCGUGCGUCGGCCUAUAGCCGUGUACGGGAACAACUACUAAUUACGGAUAUUAAAGGAUUUCGAUGGGAAGUGGACAAGGAACCCGGACGGAUAAAGCAACUUGAGGAAAAGGUGCUUUUUUUUAAAGAAGGCUUCGAGGCUCCUGGAGAAUUUAAAGAUUCGUGAAUUCCUGCUAACCGGUAAGGGUUUAUUUAACAGUAAGAAGUACUUACCAUGUGAUAGUCAUCAGCGCAUCUUAACGUGAAUCAGUCGAUUCUAAUCCGAAAGUAAUUUGAUAGAUGACAAUUGAAUUUAAUCGUAUAUGUAAAAAAAAAAUCAAUGAUUUUAUUGUUCUAUUUUUCGGAUUAGUUGACUCACUCUUUCACGGUUAUAAAAUUAUUCACGAAUUCCAUGGAUUCUCAAAUUCAUAUACGGGAACUUUCUUAUAUUUUAAUCAUCCUCCAAUGCGAAGUCUUCUAGCGAUCGCGAUACGUGCCAAUAAAAAUUAUCAAUGCACUGCCCAAAUAAACGCAAAAUUUGAAAAUCUAUAGUCGUGGGUUUUCUCCUCGAAAGUAAAAUAUUUUAAAUAAUGUGGCCACACCAUUUGAUUAGAUCUGACUGAUCAAGAAUAAUAUACAUACGUACAUACGAUUUUUAAUCGUUGGGAGUAUCCAUAUGUAAAUUUGACGUAUGUCGAUAUUAUUGAUUAUCGAUGACGAUGAUAUAUUUUACGAUUCACGUAUAUCGGAUACACGUCCGCGUUCUAUCGACGAUCCGAUUUACAGGCUGUCUAGAGCGUUCCCCGAACACUAUCUAAAUAAUUCCUAUAUGAAUAGGAAUUCCUAAUCGUAGUCAACGUCAUGUUCGACCAUUGGUGUUCUGGAUUUGCAUGUAAAUAUGCAAUUUAAAGAGAUGCCGUAUACCGCAGUAAAAGUAAAUAGUAACGAACUUAACGUGCUAGAUUAUCGCGUCGAGGUUAUCUAUAUAUUUUUGUGAAAUUGUAAAUAAUCUAAAAAUAACGUGUUUUCCCAUUCGCCACGAUGAUUUUCCAUUAUCGUAACCGGUAUCUACAUAGAUAUCAAACUCUUUACCCAGUUGGGCCCUUGGCGAUAAAAACAAAGCGUGUCUGGCUAUUGGCUUGAAAUUUUCAGGAAUGCAAAUGAAAAAAAAAAAAUAAUAAUUUGUAAAAAAAAUUAAUUGCUUCGUUCCGCAAG